CCAAAAACUCCUUUCGUAAACCGAAAUUCCGGAGACGGCGACACCUUCCAUUUCACUGAUCACCGAUUCAUUUAUAGGAGGAAGAAAUCAAGAAAAGAAUAAGAAGAAACCUAAUCAUGGAUUUUUCUCCGAAAUCGUCCUCUGAACUCCGAUUUAUCUAGCAGAUUUUGAUUGGUGAAUUCUUUAAUUUUUGAGGAAUACAAGAAUGGGUGAUGAUUUUGGUCCUGAUUUGAUAAGCGAUCUGCCUCAGAUCAUUAUAGAGAGCAUUCUUUCUCGAUUACCUAUUAGGGAUGCCGUAAGAACGAGCAUUUUGUCUAGUAAGUGGAGGUACAAAUGGGCUUCCAUUACUGAACUUGUGUUUGAUGACAAAUGUGUUGAUUUUGACGAUCGAACUUUGGUCGAGAAGGAUCUCGUAGGCUUUGUAAGAUUCAUUACUAGCACUCUUUUUCUUCACGAAGGACCCAUUCACAAGUUCCAACUGAUUUCUUCAUAUUUGCAAUGCUGCCCGGUUGUUGAUCAAUGGAUACUUUUCCUCUCACGCAAAGAUGUUAAAGAAUUGGUUAUUGAAUUAGGAGAACGUGCUUGGUUUAGAGCACCUUCGUGCCUCUUCAAUUUCAAGAAAUUAACCCAUUUGGAGCUGGUUCGUUGCGAAUUUGAGCCUCCUCCUUUUUUUACGGGAUUCUUGUGUCUGAAAAGUCUAUGCCUUUGCCAGGUUUUGGUUUCUGCUGAGGCCAUGGAGAGUCUUAUUUCUAGUUGUCCUCUUCUUGAGAGUUUGGAACUUUCGUAUUUUGAUGGUUUAGCUCUUAACAUUUGUGCUCCAAAUCUCAAGUACUUGUGUCUGGAAGGUGAAUUCAAGGACAUAUUUCUUCAACAUACACCUCUUUUAAAAUCCUUGUCAGUCGCAAUUUAUAUGUCUGAUGACAUUGCUGAAUACUUUGAGCAAGGUUCAACCAGCAACUUUAUCAAGUUGUUUGGCAGUGUUCUUCGCCUUGAGAAGCUUGUUGGGCGCAUCUAUUUCACAAAGUAUUUGAGUAUAGGUAAUGAUCCUGGAAUACUUCCAGUUAGGCAUGUCAGUUUAAAGAUAAUCGAACUCUAUCAAGUGAGUUUUGAAGACAUGAAAGAGCUACUUCUUGUUCUUCGUUUGAUUACAAAUGCCCCAAAUUUAACAGAACUCCAUAUUUCAGGUUCCUCAAAUACGCUGACUGCAGUAGAAGCUCCUGAUUUGGAUUUUUGGAAGAAAGAAUAUCCUUGGGAUUGCACUUUGAAACGACUUAAAGUUGCAAAGAUGACUGAUAUGUCUGGUUUGCCACAUGAGAUGGAAUUCAUCAAAUUUCUCCUUGCAAAUUCACCAGUGCUCAAGAUGAUGAGCAUUGCACCUUUUGCUUAUGUGAUGGAUGGGACACUGAAUAUGUUGAUUGAGUUGCUAAGGUUUCGUCGGGCGUCUGCUCAAGCAGAAAUGUUAUUCGUCCAAGUGUGAGCUUUGUUUAUUUGAUGUAAAGUUCUCUUUCACUCAACUAUUUUCCCUCAAUCAUUUCGUUGGAUAGAGCUUUAGUUUCCUAUUUGAAUCCAAUUGUUUUAGAUUCUGAUGAAAUGAGAAUAAUAGUUGUAUGAUUGUAUUGGUCAGAAAGAUCGUGUCCAUUGCAUAUGAGUA